AUGUGGCACGCAAGGGAUCACCCCGUACGAAGCAGCGUACGGCACUCACAGUACACGUGCAAAAGCAAGUACGACAUAUCGCAUAGGAGGUCCCUGUUUCGACAUUGUGUCUGCAGGAUGGCCCGCCAGCUUCAAACCCUUGCCGUUCUCUCUCUGGUGGUCCUCCUCACAACUCUCCCCCAUGCGGUGGCCCAAACUCUCCGGACCUCAGCUCCCCCCACUGAGUAUUGGGAGCCCAUCCAACGGCCCGGUGUGGCGUUCAUUCGGCGAAACAAUUAUUCAUCAAUUGCAAAGGAGGGCCGCAGCCUAGCAGUGGGGUCCGACCUAGUGACCAGUAUGCCCACCAGUGCCCCCCAGCCGUGCAUUGCCGGGAGCAUUACCGGCAAUAUCUGCAUUGGGCCUGAGGGGGGGUACUGCUGCAGCGCAGGGUUCACGUGCUGCGAUGAUGGAGGCCCCAAUAAGUGCUGCCCCGUUGUCCCAAUAACGAAGCCCGUCCCCGCUGGCUUCCCUGGUUGUCCCGACGCCAGCCCCAAGCUGUGCUACACGCUUGAUGCCCAAGAAGUGUUCUGCUGCAAGCAAGGAGAGGCAUGCGGUGGCAACGUCUGCAUCCCCCCCGCGCCCCAAGAGCCAUGCCCUGCCAGCAACCCCAAGCAGUGCUUCCUGACAACCGGCCGUGGCGCCUACUGCUGUGCCACGGGCGAGACCUGCUGCAACAAUCAGUGCUGCACCACCCGGAAAGCCCGCUCACCGUGCCCGUUCAACAAGCCGAUCAUCUGCCAGAACUUCGUCAAGGGCAGCCAGUUCUGCUGCGGCACCGGUCAAAAGUGCUGCGACAACCAGUGCUGCACGUACGACUAUCUGCAGAACGUCAUCCAACAAGACCCGGGCACUCCCUCCGACGAGGAGACUCCUGCGGACGCCCCCGCAGACGCUCCCGUCCAAUUCUUCCCCGUGUCCGCGGACGCGGGCGCGCCUGCCCCAGCCCUUGCGGCAGCGGGGCCGAGCCCUUAAUCUGGAUCUGGGUGCGAAACCUGCAAAAUAGCAGUAACAUAAAUGUUUGAGAUUGGGUUGCGAUGGAAGGGCGUCCGCAUUGGCCGGUUCGGCAAGUGGGCCGUGGGCAUAAGGGGAGUUAUUGCGGUCGUCAGAUGAGCUUGCUUUCAGUUAAGUUAUCCAUUUUGAGGUCAAAAGCAACGUUGCGCUCGAGCUCGACGAAGCGCACCUUUUACCUUUUGAGUUUCAAGAAGAAAAACGGCCACCAUUCAUCUAGCUAAGUUAUUGUGAAAGUAGUUGCAACGGAUUGCUGAGUGCGGGUGCCGUCACGGUGCAUGCUGUCACGGGCCUUGAAGGUUGAUUAUAUGAGGGCAUGUGGUGCUCUUUCUUGUUUGAAAACUGAAUGAGUAGUGGAU